UCCAUAGUUUUACCUCUAAUAGUGAAUGCUCAUGAAAAUACCAAUGAGUGCUACUUCUUUUACACUUGCUUUCCCUUGGUUUCUCUUUGCAGCAACUGCUUUUAGUCCUGGCCUCUGUCAUGGAAGCUUUAAUGCUGGCUGCAUUGAAAGUGAGAGAGAAGCUCUUUUGCAGUUCAAGCUUGGCCUUAAAGAUCCUUCUAACCGGCUUUCUUCUUGGGAUCGUGAUGCGGAUUGCUGUGAAUGGCCUGGAGUCAUCUGUGAUAAUCUCACCAGCCGUGUUCUUGAGCUCCAUCUUAGAAGUCUUUCCGAGGAUGAGUAUUAUGCCAUUAAUGCCAGCGGUGACUAUGAUGAAUAUUGGGAGAGGUCCACAUUCAGAGGUAAGAUUAGUCAAUCUUUACUCAACUUGAAGCAUUUGAAGUAUCUAGACCUAAGCAACAAUAAUUUUGAAGGAAUUCACAUUCCCAAAUUCCUUGGCUCUAUGAAGAGUUUAAGAUACCUUAACUUCUCCGGAGCAGGAUUUGGAGGAAUGAUUCCUCAUCAACUCGGAAAUCUUUCAAAUUUGCAAUAUCUAAAUCUUGAAGGAGGUGAGAUAUAUGUUGAGAAUUUAGAUUGGCUCUCUAGUCUCUCAUCAUUAGAAUUCCUUGACUUGAGUUCUGUGAAUCUUAGUAAAGCCUUGGAUUGGUUGGAUGCGAUGAACAAACUCCCCUCUCUGGUAGAAUUACACUUGUCAUACUGUUCACUAAAUCAUAAGGUUCCUUCCAACAUCAACUUUUCAUCACUUGCCAUCCUUGAUUUGACAGGAAAUAGUUUUGGUGAAUCUUCUGUGCCCAGUUGGAUUUUUCACACUCCAACUUUGACUUCUCUUGAUCUUUCAUCUAAUAAUUUUUUUGGACCAAUCCCUGUUCAACUUCAAAAUAUAACUUCACUUAGAGAGCUUGAUUUGUCUGAUAAUUCUUUUAAUUCUUCCAUGGCCUUUUGGUUACAUGGUCUUCCCCAGCUUGAGCUUCUUCGCCUUUCCUCUAAUUUUGAGUUGCUAGAUGGAAUUCCAAGUGCCAUUGGAAAUUUUACCUCCCUCAACAGUCUCGACUUGACAUACUGCAAUUUUCAAGGAGCAAUUCCAAGUGCCAUUGGAAACUUGACUUCCCUCAAUAGUCUCGAUUUGUCACACAACGAACUUCAAGGAGCAAUUCCAAGUGCCUUCGGAAACUUGACUUCCCUCAACAGCCUUGACUUGUCAGAGAACAAGCUUGAAGGAGCAAUUCCAAGUGCCAUUGGAAACUUGACUUCCCUCAACAGCCUUGACUUGUCAGACAACAAGCUUGAAGGAGCAAUUCCAAGUGCCAUUGGAAACUUGACUUCCCUCAACAGCCUUGACUUGUCAAACAACAAGCUUGAAGGAGCAAUUCCAAGUGCCACUGGAAACUUGACUUCCCUCAACAACCUUGACUUGUCAUUCAAUGGAUUUGAAGGAGGAAUUCCGGCAUCAUUCAAAAAUCUUUGCAAGUUGAGGUCACUCCAUUUGUCAGGCACCAAUUUAAGCCAAGAGAUAAAUGAGGUAUUUGAAAUUCUCUCAGGUUGUGUUUCAAAUGGGAUAGAGGUGUUGUCUUUAUCUAAUUGUCAAUUAUCAGGUCAUUUAAAUAAUCUUCUUGGACAAUUCAAGAAUCUGGAUUCUCUCGAUCUUUCCGAUAAUUCGAUUGCUCACCAAAUUCCAGCCACUUUGGGUGUGUUGACUUCCUUGACGUCUCUACGCCUUUCCAAUAACAAACUGAAUGGAAGUCUCCCCAUAGGUUUUGGAGCCCUUGAAAAUUUAGUAGAUGUAGAUAUUUCUUAUAAUUCAUUAGAGGGUGAAGUUUCUGAAAUUCACUUUGCAAACCUUACAAAUCUGAGAUAUUUUGAUGCCUCUCAUAACCAACUGAUUUUAAGAGUCAAUCCUCAUUGGAUUCCACCUUUUCAACUUGUUGAAAAAAUAUCUUUGCGAUCUUGGGAUGUUGGACCUCAACUUCCUAGAUGGCUCCGUUCACUGAAGGAGUUAGUCUUUCUAGACUUGUCAAACUCAAAAAUUUCAAGUACCCUUCCUGUUUGGUUCAGUGACUGGUCUUUAAGACUUUCUAAUCUUAAUUUAUCUCAUAACCAAUUGCAUGGCAAGAUUCCAUAUUUGUUCACUGCUGAAUAUAGUUUUUCCUCCAUCGACUUGAGUUCAAAUAAAUUCAACGGCCCAUUGCCUAAUGUAUCUUCCUAUUGGAUAGAUCUUUCCGAUAAUUUACUCUCUGGAUCAUUAUUCACCUUUCUAUGUCAUAGAACGCAUUAUCUGAUCACUAUGCUGCUUAACUUGGGAAAAAAUCAUCUAUCCGGAGAGAUACCUGAUUGUUGGAUGAAUUGGGAAUAUUUAGAAGUUUUAAAAUUAAAUGACAACUAUUUCAGUGGAAAAAUUCCUAGUUCCAUUGGGAUUUUAAGUGACCUUCAAUUCUUAAACCUUCGCAACAAUACUCUCUUUGGUGAAAUACCAUUGUCACUUGAACAUUGCGAAGCAUUGACGGUACUUGAAUUGGAUGAAAAUAGAUUGGAGGGAAAUAUUUCAACAUGGCUGGAGAAUCAAAAUUAUUCACAGAUGGUUAUUCUUAAUCUUCGUGGGAACCAAUUUCAUGGUCACGUGCCUAUAGGGCUUUGCCGCAUGACUUAUUUGCAAAUCUUGGAUCUUGCUAAUAACAACCUCAGCGGUACCAUACCAACAUGUAUCAAUAACUUCAGUGCAAUGGUAGAUGAAAGUUAUGUUGAUACGGGAGAGCAAGGUCAGAUUGUCUUUUAUUUGCAUGGGUUGGAUUUUUCUGAUAGUUCCUCAAUUAUGACAAAGGGAGAAAUGAUUGAAUAUUCCACCAAUCUUAAUUUCGUAAGGAGUAUGGACCUCUCAAAUAAUAAAUUAUCAGGAGAUAUUCCUGAAGAAAUAACAAGACUUGAAGCAUUGCAUUCAUUAAAUUUGUCACAUAAUCUUUUGAGUGGAAGCAUUCCAGGGGAAAUAGGAAAUAUGAAAGCAUUAGAAUCUCUUGACUUUUCUCAGAAUCAACUUUUUGGAGAAAUUCCUCCAAGUAUGUCAAGCUUGACAUUUUUGAGUAGAUUGAAUUUAUCCAACAACAAGUUAUCAGGAAUAAUACCUUCAGGCACUCAAUUGCAAGGCUUUGAUCCAUCUACUUUCAGUGGCAACAAACUUUGUGGGCUUCCACUCAGCAAGAACUGCAAUGUUGAUGGUGAUAUGCCUCCUAUUGGGAUAGAAAGAGGAGAAGAAGACAAAGGGUCUAAAUCAUUUGCUUGGUUCUAUUUCUAUGUGAGCAUUGCACCAGGAUAUGUGGUAGGAUUUUGGGCAGUGAUGGGUCCUUUAGUGUUUAAUAGAAGAUGGAGGCAUUUAUAUUUCAAUUUCCUAGAUAAUUUGUGGGACAAAUUUAUGGUGUGGUAUUAUGUAAAUGUUGCUAGAUUUGUGAAAGGUCAUGGUUUAUAGAGUUUUGUCCAAAACAAAUAUAUGUGGGGAUGGGCUAUGCACGUCUACAUAAUUAGGUAUGAGUUUAGCUUUAUGUUUGUUGUGACGAUGUUUUUGUAUGGUUGUGCAAUUACUUUGUAAUUUUGAAUUGAGUUUAAUAAAAAAUGAAAAGUCCCACUGUUGUGAGGGUUUUGUGUGUGGUUU